UGUGUAAGGACUUUGCUUGGUGUUAUAUUGAGUGACUCAUUGGAAGGAUAUUUAAAAAGUGAAAUUGAACUUAUUUUGGACUAGUGUCGAUAUCAACGCAGUUUUGUAAUAAAAACUGUGUCUGACUAUUGAAACUUGGUUGCAUUUUCAUUUCCUUAUACGGUAAUUCACAAUCUUGACAACAACAAGAAGUGAUUUGCUGCUGGGGAAGCUUAACAUGUCAUCAGGAAUCGUGUUUUCUUAAGUGUUCAGUGAGCUAAACUGCAGUAGAUUAUAGUGCAUUGAAAUGUGAAUUUUGUGCUGAUAAUGUUAAAAUCGUUUUUUGUGUGAAAACUUUAUCCUGAUGAGUUACCAAGCGUAACUGCACUGUUUUUGUAAUCGGUUUACUAAUAUUCGUUCAUAAUGGAGACAGAGGAACUCACGAAGCUUGUCGAUGGCAUAUACAAGAAUAUCUUGGAUAAAUUCAACCCUGGCGCUCGGCAAAUGAUAACAGCUGGUAAAGCCUAUUUAAAGGCUUUACACGGCGCGGCGGCUGCGUCUCGAAUGUAUGUAGACGCGGUCGGCAAGCUCGGGAGGCAAGCUCAGCAAGGCACGUGGGGAGGAUGUGCCGAUAUCGGAACUGCUCUCAUGAAGGUAGUGGAGGUGUAUCGGGAAAUUCAGGACCAGCAAAUGAAUAUUCUGAAAGCAUUUUACGUAGAUUUGUUGGUCCCCUUGGAGACUAAUCUCGAAAAAGAUACUAAGGUCGUUCAGUCAGAACAAAAAAGGUUCUUGCAACAACAUAAGCUUCGUUCUGAGAGCUACAGCAAGGCGGCCGCUACUAUCAAGAAGCAAAGGAAAAAGAAAACAAAUGUAACAAAGGUUGGUUCAGCGAUGGAUAAGGAGAUGAAGAGUAUGCAAAUUUUGGAAGAGGAAAAAACUAAACUAGAUGCAUUUUGCGAGCAAAGCUUAAAGAAUGCAAUGACACAAGAACGUCGACGUUAUGGAUUUGUUCUUGAGCGGCAGUGCUCACUUGCUAAACAUUGGCUUGCAUACCAUACAGCAGGUGCGACAGCCUAUAACAGCGGCUUAGAUGAAUGGCUCGAAGUGUCACGAACUCGAGAAUACUUGCCGUCAAAUGUGGAGGCUAUGUUUGUCAGCAGAAUGAGGCAAGUGACAUUUUGGGCAGAUGAAGAUGUUUAUGCCAGUCCAAGGAAUGGUGAUGAUGAUGACAGCGCAUCAGUUGGAUCAGCGUUGCGAAAGACAAGAUCAGUAGAUGCUUCAUGUUUAGAUGUUAGGUCUAUUGCUGACCUAGGAUCUCCUACCCAAGGAUUAUCCAGAGCUAAAUCUGAUUUAAACUUACAAGCAAGUCUACAUAACACAGAUCAAGAUAUAGACAUUCGUACAAAGAAUCGUCCAUCUUCUCUUGCCCCACCAACUUGCACAUCUCGUGACCCACCACUAGCCAGAGCUCUGUAUGCAUACGCAGCAGCUGGAGAUAAUCAGCUUAGCUUCCAACAGGGAGAUAUUUUGGCUUUACUUGGAGAUAGAACAAAGGGAUGGCAGUAUGGAGAAAACUUGCGUACACAUAGUGCUGGCUGGUUCCCAUUAGCCUACACUGAACCGAUCAUCAAUGAAGAGACUGGAAGUAAUUCACCUGCUCGUUGGAGUUGUGCUCAAACUCCGAGUGAGACACCACCACCGGCACCAAUUUCUCACACACAAGUCUCUUCUAACACUGGAACACCUCACGUGCACUCUCAUCCUCCAACGCGAAUGUUUGGAGAUACUGUUACCGCUCAUCACAUUACUAAGGGACGCCUCGCUAAUAGUUCACCUGGUUUACCACCCACUUUGCCAGCUCCAUCUCCAAGUGCUCUCAGUACAUCAGCUAGUGCCAACUUUCAUCCAACACCAAUUCCAGCAACAUCUGGGCCAAUUAAGAAUUCUACUUCAGCUGCCAGCUUUACUACCCAUGCUGUUAUUGAAACAAGAACAUUUGGACCUCAAACACUUCCCCUGCGUUCACAGGUGGCUCAGAAAUCAGUACCAGCUAAAACUGUAGUUUCAGCUGUAGGUGCUGUUGGCAAUGUCUCGUUACACAGCUCUAAUGACUCCGGUUUCUCGAAUGAACCACCCCCGCAACCUGAUGUGGAUUACAGCGAUGAAGAAGCACAAAGACAUCGUAUUCCAAUCAGUAAAUCUGCUCAACAAAACCUCGAAAACAAAGCGUAUCUAUUGAAAACCCAAAGUCUUAAACGAGGACCGAAACUUCGUAAUACAAAUAAUGGAUAUCUUACUGAUGAUCAACAACUGCUGUUGCGAAACAUGUUAGACAUGGAUAAGGAUUCUCAAAAAAUAAAAAGAACUAAAUCGUUCUGGAAGUUCGGUCGAACAACACAAGAAGAGAUUAUGGAAGGUAUGUCUCUUUGGCAACACAGAGAUAUCGUUGAUACAGUACCAGAAUAUAAGAAAAAACUUUUUGUUAAAUUAAAAAAGGAAUUAAGACCGGCUCCAGACAUUCCUGAGCCUAAAAAUCCAAAUACAUCUGAUAAACCUACAACAAUCGAUAACCCUGUAUCCCGACAGCAAGAAACAAUUGACAGAAAAGAUAUCAAGGUAAACAAUGGCAUAAGACAAGCAAGAAGCUUAGGAUCUAUACAAAGUGAGGAACGAGCGGAAAAGGAGCGAAAAGGAAAUAUGAAUUAUCACCAAAAUCAAACAAUGAAUAAAAAAAGUUUCUCUGAAAAAUCUAUCGCUGAAGAAAAACAUGAUGACUUUGUACCUCGGAACGAGUCUCGCCACUCGGAUUUAACUAAUACAAGUACUAUUAAAACUAACUUUGAAAAUAGUUUCUACAACGAUGAAAAUGGAGAUGGGUUUGUUAUGAAAACAGUAAAACGACGAGAAAUAUUGCAGCGAUACGACAACGACAGUAAUUCUGAUAAUAAUUCCGUCGCUUCUAGUACAGACCCAUAUGAUUGCAUUAUAGUAGAUGAUCACAUGACUUCUAAAAAACAACAGGAACUUGACAGACGUCGAAAAGCACAAAUGCUAGAUAACGAAAUUAAGAACAACAAGGAAACUGCAUAUAUGCCAGAAUUUGAAGAAAUAGAGGUGACACCUAUCAAACCUCAUGUAAGAGCCACGUUAUCAUCAGAUAAGUCAAAAAAAUCUUCACAAGAAAAGUCACCACCAAAAGUCAUGGAAUUUAAAACUUUUAAAGAUACUUCAAAAGAAAUAAAAACUUUUUCUGCGUCAUCUGAAACAUUGAAAUACAAAGAUAAUGACCCACCCACUGAUCGUUAUGGUAUACCCAUAGAACGAAAUAAUAAUGAAAUCCGAAGCGACGAAGGAUAUGAUGAACAGGAUGAAGGUACGCUCAAAUAUAAAAAGCGUGCAAGUGAAGAAAAACUGAGAAAACUUAACCAUGAAAAUGGUAAUAACAAAGAAUAUCCGCAAGCCGAACUAAGAAAUCAAAAGAAGGACCCAAGAGCUUACGAAACAUCAGAACCAAGAAUCGAUUAUUCUUUAGAUAGACGUCAUGCACGAAAAGAGUUCAUUGACUCAAAGAACCGUGAAAACAGGACAAGAAACAGAACGCAUAGAAGUUACGAUGAUAGCUCACUGCCUUAUAAUGGCCGAAGAGAAGAAAGAUACUACGAAUCGAACAUAUCAUACUUCAGUGAUCAAGAAAGGCGGGUUUCAAGGUAUGAUUAUGAAACAGAUUCGAAGAAAGCUGAAAAAUCAAAGAUGAGACAAGAAGAAGCUAGACUAGAAGCAAGGCGCCUUAUGGAUCGCAGAAGUGAAGCUCCGUACAGUGAAUCUGAUGAUCAAAAGUUCAAUGAAGCAUUGAAACAACAACGACCGCAGCUGCUACCUCGUACUAAACUACUUAAGCGUUCGGUAGAUGGUAAUGAAUUACCAGAAGAUGGUCAUACAUUUGGACCUUGGUACGACUUGUGGGGUCGCGAAACAAUGUACAAGUAGAUUCAGGCCGCAGCAAUUUGCAACUGUGAAACUAAGAAAGGCGUUAACAAACGACCGGUCAUCGCCUGCCAUUGAAUAAUUUCUUAGAUGUUUAAUAUUAUUAUUAUUUUGUUAAAUAUAUAUUAUAUUAUGUAAAAUAGAAACACCAUGUAUUUUGUACAGUUAAAUAUUAUUAUAGUUUAAGAAAGAAUUAUAUCACAAUUUUUAUAAUAAUUAAA